GAAACAGCUGAUGGUAGACCUGCGUUCUUGAUGUCAUUGUGUAUGAAGGCAGGCCGCGUCGUUGUUGACGUUGGCGAGCGAUCACGUUGUGGCUUUACGUCAACCGAGCGGAGGCUGUCCUCAGCAGGCGACUUCUGUCAUCUCCGAAUGUGUGUUAGUUACAGGUUAAUUACUGCCGCGUGGUUGAUGAGGUGCAGAACGAUAUCGCUGUGAGCAGAAUUUUUUUUGUGACGAAGUGUUACGUUGUUCCUCAGUCGAGGUCGCCUGUGGUGAGUGUGUGUGGGAUGAAACGGGAGCACCGUGUUCCGCUACAGUGAACGCGUGUGGGUGGACAUUUUAAUAUGGACAUACAUAUGGGACAUUUCCGCGAUAAAGGCGAGGAAAUAGAAUAUCUCCAACAAGCAGUACGGCAAUUGCAGUCACAACUCGACGAUUCAAGACAGCUUGUAUGGCAGCUAAACAGCGAAUCCGAAGAGUUCAGAGAAAGUUCAUGGCAGCUAGAAAAAGAACUAGAAAAUUCCCUGGAUCAGGCAGAAAAAAAGAAUCGUGAUCUCAGGCAUCAAUGCAAUAAAUUAGGGAAAGAUACUGAUGUUUUGAAGGAUAAAAUGGAAGAGAUCAAAAGAAUAAAUGAUACCUUGUCAUCAGACUUAAAGAAAUAUAAGCAAAUGGAAAUUGAGUGGACAAAGCGCAUUCAGCAGCUAGAACAACAGAAUGAUGAUUUGGAAAGAGCACUAAGGGCUGCCAGUGAUCAUAAAAUGACUGCUCAACAGCAUCUAGAUGAAGCAAUGGAGAGGGAUGUUCUGCGAGAAGGAGAAAAGGAAGAGCUUUUGUCUUUAUUGCAGCAACUGCAGGAAGAAAACAAAGAUCUGGCAGAAGAAAUAAGAAUAAGGGACAGGCUUUCAUCAUUUGAGAAGUCACCAAGAGACUUGAGGGAGAGCAGAACAUCAGUUGAGACCCAGACCCAAGUAGUCCAUGCUGUUCAGCCCCUUAGAAACAAGGUCAGCCGUGCUCUCCAUCGCACACGCGCGCUGGGCCGCUCUCUGAACUGCAUGGCCAAAGGCGAUGUGUAAACCUGUGGGUGUUCCCGUAAGGGUCAGCAACUUACAGACCAUAUCGCCCAACUUACUCCCAUUACAAUGGCCGUUGUUUUUUUUGUCAGGCGGGAGUCACAAAUGUUUUUAAAAGGUGAUUAAAAGCACCAAAUAUUUUUGUGUAGGUUUUGCUAAGCUAAUUUAUGAGCUUGAAGAGGAAUGCUGUAAAGGAGAUAAAAUUUUAAGCAUAGUAAAGUAAGAAGAAUGACAGUUCUUUUUUCUUCCAAAGGUUCUUAUUGUGUUUAUUUUCAGAUGUAGUUUUACUCAUCCUAUGAAAUGGAUGAAACUGGCAAGUGGUUUUAUUUACUUUUUCGUUGGUAUUCAUCACAAUUUUAUUAUUUAGCUAUGUAAUGGUGAAUAGCUAAGAAAAGUAAAUAAAAAUACUCGUAGUCUGUAGCCAUGUAUCCAAAAUUCAUGAGGAUUCAAAAUUAUAUUAAAACAAUAUGUGCCAUUCAAUCUUUUACGAUUGUUUCAAUUGAGACAACUUUCAUAAUUGUUAUUUUUACUGGAAUAGACAAAACUAGUUGGUGUUUUUAAACAUAUUUCUAGUUUUCCUCAUCUACACUUUCAACAACUAUAUUACUAUUUAUAAGUUUUAAUUAUGACACAUUUUUUUAAUUUGUAACAUUUUGCUUGAAGUAGACUGUCUAAAUGCAAAGUAGCUUGAGCAAUUAUGGACACUGAAAAUCCAAGUAAAGGUUUUGCAUUGUUGCUCAAUGAGGAAAAAUUAUUUAAUUGCACCUUUGGGACUUGUACAUGAAAAACGUAUGGGACCAAACAAAACCCGAGUUUUUGCACAAUAAAUAGUAUUUGUAUUUUAAAUCUCAUAAUUCUACUGUUAAAAUGAUAUACUGUAGCCUAAUUAUGUUUUCAUGCCAGAAGUUUCAGCAUGGAAGAGAUCCUAUUGACAACACUGGUUUGUUAAACCAGUUUUUCACUUGCUGAAAUCAGUUUUGGAUAUGGCAACAAAUGAAACUUUACUACAUUCCUAAAAUUCAUAUUAUCAUUGACUCAAUUUGUGGUAUUAACAGACAAUCUGUUAUUGCAGUUUGAACAUUGUUGAUGUACAGACAUUCUUAUUUCAAGGAAAAUUAUUUUCACUUUCCUUAUAGUCUCUGGACUCACAGUAAAAUGAAGUAUAGAUUCAUUAAUCUUCUUAAAUUUAUGAAUUCAGUUAAAUUAAAGAGGAUGUAAUUGUAGCUAGUUAUAAAGAAGUUUUUGAACUAUUAAGUUAUUGUGUAAUUAUAAAACACGUAUUGCAAUAUUGCUGACCCUUGCUAAGAUGCAUGGAGAUGCUUAACAUGCUUAGGCACUGGGUUGUUUGGUCAAAGAGCCUCUUUCCUCUGUGCUGUUAUGCUCUGUUGUUUGAUUCUGAAGGCACCGACUGGCAAAAGUAAUUAAUCCUGUGCUGAAGUGUUAAAAAGCCAAUUUAAUUUAUUUCUUUUCAUAAGACAAAAUAGCCCUUUGAGCCUGUAAAUAAAUUUUAUUUCAUAGUUUUCUGUAGCCCAUGUCGGGGCCUCCACUAUCUUCCACCCUUGAACAAUGACUUCCUUAGCCUUUAUCUCAGGGAACUUCACUGUAUUUCCAAUACAUGUGCAUUUGCAUGCAUUUUAAAAAUUCUUAAAAUGGAAAGCUUUUUUUCUUAAAACUGGGAAAGUUUAAAAUAUUGACAUGGGAAAUGACUAAUGAGAUGAUUUUAUGUGUAAUAUUUUUGAGACAGUUUUACUACAUUUAUUGCACUCUUACUGGAAUUUUUUCCCGAUAAAAGACAUAUGCAAUAAAAAGACUGGUAAUUUGUUAGUACAUGGGAGUGAUCUGAACUGUAUAGAGAAAGUUGAAUUUAAAGAAUUAAAAUGUGAAUAAUUAUUUACAUAUUGGAAAAUUCUAAAAUAUGGAAUGCAUGAUUCUUGGAUGCAUGUAAGGUGCAUGAAUGUAUCACUUGAAAUGUUUUCUGUUUCAGAAAGGAUUUUUCAAAUAUUUUAUUAACUUGUUUGCUUUCUUGUACUAUUGCUCAAUAAAGUUGUUUGUUUUUUUUGUACAUGAA